AUGAAAAGUCUCUUAAAAUAUGUAGCAUGUACUACUUUUGAUGAUACAUCCAUUCAAAAACAACAAAAACCUAAGUUAAAAAAAGUUUUAAGAUAAAACAAAAUCUUUUAAAAUCAAUUAAAUGUUCCUAAUUAUCAGGAUAACAAAAUCAAAACAGAAUACAGUUAUGAAGAAAAUUCAAACUAAAACAUUUCUUAAAAUAUUGAUGAUGAAUUAGAAGAAUAAUUAUAAAAUAAAGAAUCAGAUGCCGAUAACAUAAUUUCAUUAAACUAAGGAAGUAUUAAUGAAUAAACAAAUAAUUAAAUGAUAUAGGAGGGCACAUUCACAUUUAACUAAUAACCUUUAUUACAUAUAAGUUUAACCUAUAAUUAAUAACAUUUUAUUAUUCCAAUUUACGAUUAUUCAAGUGAAUUAACCAUCAAGUAAUCAUUAGUGUAAUUAAAUCUAUCAUAAUAAAACCUAUAAAAAGUAUAUAUGAUUUGUAUUAAACAUCUUUAAUACUAUAUGAAAACUUUAGAAGCUUUUUGGUUAAAUAAAACUAGUGAAAAAGUUGAUAAUAUUUAUUUCCUAUAAACUUUAAUGAAUGAAUAAUCUUAUAUAUAAACAAGAAAUUAAAAUUCAUUUUGGAUCAAGAAAAAAGAGAUUAAAAAUGGGUAAAUGUUUUUAUACAUUUAAGUUAGAUUUAAAUUGAUAUUGAAGAUAAAGAAAAAGAAUAUAGAUUGAUAUUUUCGAAAUUCAAAAUAUUAUAGUUCAUUUAAAGCUAAAAGUUAUUGAAUAUUGGAAAAAAGUUUUUGAUUGAUUUAGGAAAAAGUGAGGAUUUUAAUAAAAUAAUAGAGCGAUUUUCUAAUGACAAUUAAUUAACUUAAAAAUCAAGAGAUGAAUUAAAAAUUUUAUUGCAAAAUGAAUUAAUCAGUAUGUUUUAAUGA